AUGCUCGUCGGUUCAAUCCCUUUCAUCAGGGAUAAUUUGACUAAUUUGCAAACUUUAGACCUUAGCGUAAACUAUUUAACUGGAAGCAUUCCAGUUGCACUUGGGUAUCUUACCUAUCCCUCGAGUUUGGACCUUAGCUACAAUAAUCUUAGGUGCCAUAUCCCCCCUUCUCUCACUUAUAUUCAUAGACUCAACUUGUCACACAAUUCUUUGAAGGGUCGAAUUCCAAACGAUUAUGCUUUGUAUCAUAACUUUGACACAUUAAUUGGCAACUGGGAUUUAUGUGGUCAGUUCAAGAUUUUUCCUCCAUGUUCCGAAAGCAAAAAAUCAAUCAUAACCAAAAUAGAAAUUUUUGCACCAAUCACCAUUUUCCUCGGAUUCCUGGUUAUUGGGCGUAUUCUCUUAUCUCAUUGUGUGUUCAAGAAAAACCAGAUUGAGCCUAGGGGAUCAAAGAAUGGAAACAUAUUCUCGAUAUGGAAUUAUGAUGGACAUAUUGCAUAUGAAGACAUUAUUGAAGUAACCGAGGAUUUUGACAUCAGAUAUUGCAUUGGAAUCGGUGGUUAUGGUAGCAUUUACAAAGCAGAGUUACCAAGCGGAAAUGUGGUAGCCUUAAAGAAACUUCAUCAGAGAGAGGCUGAGAAUCCAAUUUUCUAUAGGAGUUUUAUAAAUGAGGUGAGGGUAUUAACAGAGAUUCGACAUCGAAAUAUUGUGAAGCUGCAUGGAUUCUGUGUACAUAAAGCACGCAGAUUUUUAAUUUAUGAGUACAUGGAAAUGGGAAGCCUAUUUUGUGUCCUAAGAAAUGUUUAUGACGCUAUGGAACUGGAUUGGAGCAAGAGGGUAAACAUCAUCAAAGGCACAGCACACGCCUUAUCUUACAUGCAUCAUGAAUGCAUCCCAGCAAUUGUUCAUAGAGAUAUAUCAUCCAACAACAUUUUGCUGAACUCCGAUUUCCAAGCUUUAAUCUCUGACUUUGGAACUGCUAAACUCCUUGAUCCCGACUCCUCCAACCAAACAUUGGUUGCUAGCACUUAUGGUUACAUUGCUCCAGUUACUGAAAAAUGUGAUGUAUAUAGCUUCGGAGUGGUGGUUGUAGAAGUAUUAAUGGGAAGGCAUCCAGGAGAACUCUUGUCCUUAUUAUCAUCAUCAUCAUCAUCUCAAAAUAUGAUGCUAAAUGAAAUAUUAGACCAACGCCCGCCACCUCCAAAUCGUCUAGUUGCACAGGACAUUUUGCUUAUUGCUACAAUAGCAUUUGCAUGCCUUCACACUCAACCAAAGUCUCGGCCUACAAUGAAAUGUGUGUCACAAGAAUUUCUCUCCCGCAAGAAGCCGAAUGCCAUACCCCUGUCUACGGUUUCACUCUUGCAACUGAAGAAACAAGCAGCAUAUGUGGCUGGAUUAGGAUUUGCUUAUUGUUAG